UACAGUCAAUUUGUUGGUUGUUUGAAAUAUACGGAGUCCAGCGCUGUGUCACUAGCUGAGCUGGGCGGCGGCGGCCAUGGCUUUCACCGCUCGGCUAAUGUUGCGAAUGUCGGCAUACCCACCCUCCGCUGCAAACACGCUCCACGAAAUCGCUUCGAACCAGCCCGGAGGCGUGGCGAAGGUUGUAUUGAAGAAAGGGAAGGCCCGAAUUUUCUCCCGGAAUGGAAGCCCCAUGGUUUACAGCGGCGCCGUCGACAGAAUCAUCGGCCGACCGCCGCCCAAGACCGGAGAUGUAGUCCUCGUCGCCGAUGGAACCCAGAAUCCAAUUGGUUGGGGAUUUUACAACUCUGUCUCCAUGUUUUGCGUUCGCCUCAUGCAACUACAUGAUGAAGCUUCCAGAGAGCCUUUGUGUGUGCUCAACGUGGAGAAUCUGCUGGAAAACAGAAUUUCUGCUGCUUCACAACUGCGCAACGGCCUCGGCCUUCCUUCUUCCAAAACAAAUGCAUACCGGCUCAUCAAUAGUGAAGGGGAUAGACUGUCAGGUCUGAUUGUUGAUGUUUUUGGAGAUUUAGCUGUCAUUGCUUCAUCAGCUGCUUGGGUAGAAAAGUACAGGCAGCAAAUAGAAUCUUGCAUCAGUAGAAUCAAUGGCAUUAAACAUAUAAGUUGGAGACCAUCAGUUGAAAUCCUCAAGGAAGAAGGACUGGAGUUUUCCAGUUCAACAAAUACAGAUUUAGCUCCUUCUCUUCCUAAAAGAGUAAAGGUAAUGGAGAAUGGGAUUUCCUAUAUGAUAUCAGUGGAUGGUCAAAAGACUGGCUUCUAUACUGAUCAGCGUGAGAACCGCCAGUUUGUUUCUACCAUUUCUGAGGGUUGUAGGGUUCUUGACAUGUGCUGCUACACCGGAGGUUUUGCCUUAAAUGCAGCAUGUGGUGGUGCAUUGAAUGUCACUGGUGUUGAUUCGUCAUUGCCUGCAUUGGAAGUUGCCAAAGAAAACAUUGCUCUGAAUGGAAUGGGUUCGAAACAGAUCUCCUUUUUGAGACAAGAUGCAACUGAGUUUAUGAAGGAUGCGCUUUCUAAACAUGAAAAAUGGGACAUAGUUAUUUUGGACCCUCCUAAAUUCGCACCUCGGAAAAAGGUUCUAAAAAGUGCAUCUGGAAUGUAUAGCAAUUUGAACUCCUUGGCCAUGCAGUUAACAAAGAAAGGAGGUCUGCUUAUGAGUUGCUCAUGCUCUGGAGCAAUGACACAAAGUGGAAAGUUCCUAGACAUUCUCCAGGGUGCUGCAUCGACAGUUGGGAAGAAAAUCACGCUCGUGCGCAAGGCAGGAGCAGCGUGUGAUCAUCCUAUGGAUCCCUCAUACCCAGAAGGAGAAUAUCUUUCAAAUAUCUUGCUUAGAGUUGUAUAGGGGUUUCAGUUUCGUUCAUUAAUACGCAAUGUAACAACAUAUUUUAGUGCCUCAUUUUAAGUGCAAACGUAUUUCUUUGCAAUCUUGUACUCAGUACUAUAUCAAGAAUCAGGGAAACAACGAGCUUAGUAAAAUCUCACAAAAAGU